CUCAAUAUAAAGGCCCUGGGUUCAAUCCCAAGAACCAAAAAAGAAAAGUUACUGUCCCCUGUAGAGCUGCUGUUGAGGGAGCUGUCCAGCCCACACUUCUGGGAGACAAACAGGAUGGAAGUUAUUGCUCCCAUUUUACAGAUGGGGAAAAUUGAGAUUGAGAGGAACAACCGCUGAGACUCUUACAUCAGCGGCCUUCUCCUCCAGAAAGCACUGGCACUAGGUGAGGGGCUGCUUCAGGUCUCCUCCAGAUGCAAGACCAGCACCCCGGGGAGACGACAGUAGAAUGGGACGCCCUUCCCUAAAUUGGGGUCAGCCUGCGGCUCUGUGCCCAAGGCCCCUGGACCUCUUGCCUCCGGAGAUAGCCCUGGGCUGCACUUGGGGGAUAAGCCGGACUAUUUUCAUCAUUUCCUUCCUGCCUCCAGCAGCGGCCACCAUCAACUGUUUCCCACAGUGCUGCCACCGAGGGCUCCAGCAGGACGGUCCAAGUCACGGAAGAGGUGCCUGACCUAAGGCUGCACAGCCUGCCUGCCUGAUGCCUGCCUGGGGGCUUCUGCUCCUGCUCUGGACUGCAGUACAGGCUGUGAAGGACUGCCCGGCCCCAUGCAGCUGCCAGGCACUGGAAACCAUGGGGCUUCAUGUGGACUGUGAGGGGCGUGGGCUCACGGUGCUGCCCACCCUGCCCUCCAACACUCGCCACCUCCUUCUGGGCAACAACAGCCUGCGCUCCGUGCCCCCAGGCGCCUUUGACCACCUACCCCAGCUGUGGACCCUUGAUGUGUCGCAGAACCCCUGGCACUGUGACUGUGGCCUUACCUACCUGCGCCUCUGGCUGGAGGACCACGUGCCCGGCUCCCUGGCAGACAUCCUCUGCGCCAGCCCUGCCCAAGCUGCCCACCACCCACUGGGCCAGCUGACUGGCUACCAGAUGGGCAACUGUGGCUGGCAGCUGCAGGCAUCCUGGGCCCACCCGGGGAUCUGGUGGGACUUGGCGCUGGUGGCGGUGGCUGGGAUGGGCGUGGCCCUCCUAGGGGGCCUUCUGUGCAUCUCCACAGAGUCCCUGGUCUGAAAUCAGAAGUCCAGAGUCGCCCCCUGGCACUGCUCUCCAGAGCCCAGCAACUCUGCUCACCUCAAACCAUCAGAAGC